GUCAGUUCCGUGUCAAUCUGUGUUAGUUUUUUUUUCAACUUUUUUGCCGACUGCGAACCGGCUACGUAAGUGACGUUUAAAGUUACAUUUUUUUUACACUUGCAGAAAUAAAUAUUUCUGUAUUUAUUUUCUACAAUCUACAGUCUGUUUGAGUCGUUUCUUAUACAUAUAAAUUUUAUUUUAAAUUAUAAAGGAUGUCGAAAGUGUAUGAAUUUAAUGUUAAAAUGACCUGUGAUGGCUGUUCUGGAGCUGUGGAUAGAGUUUUAGGAAAAUUAAAAGGGAAAGGAGUUGAUGAAGUUAUUAUAAGUCUGGAAGAACAAAAUGUGAAAGUAAAAUCUUCUCUGUCUGCCGAAGAAAUCUUAGAGAUUAUCAAGAAAACUGGAAAAGAAGUGAAUCUUAUUUCUACCACCUAACCUUUAGAAAAUACCUAAAAAUAUGCAGCUAUAUUUUUAUAUAAACUUAUUCAAUAAAUAAUUCCAUACAUAUAAUUUUUGGGAUUUAAAUAAAACAGAUUGUACUCAUUUUCUUUACUCUAGAAUACUUUAUGUAUUGAUUAAAUAUUUUUAUUCUCAUUUAUACAAU